AAUCAAUGUAGAAUGAAGUGAGGUAACCAGACAAAAAGUACGUGUAAAUGCUUACCUGACAAAAAACCAAUCCACUAAAGUUAAAUAAUAAUUUAACAGGAAUACCAGAAAACACUUAAUAAAUCUUCACUAAGAUGACUGAGAAACAAAAUAAAUUGGCAAGAUGGUACUUUGGAGGUUUGGCGUCUGCAGGAGCAGCUUGCUGUACUCAUCCUUUGGAUCUUAUAAAAGUUCAUUUACAAACACAACAAGAGGGCAAACUUUCCAUAGUUGGUCUCACAAUAAAUAUUGUUAAAAAACAAGGUAUUGCGGCCUUGUAUAACGGACUGUCUGCUUCACUUCUUCGACAAAUGACCUACUCCACUACAAGAUUCGGAAUAUAUGAAGUAGCCAAACAAAAUACUCAAAGUGAUACUUUUGCUGCAAAAGUUGCUAUUGCCGCAAUCGCAGGAGGAGCUGGCGGCGUAGUUGGUACUCCUGGUGAUAUGGUAAAUGUUAGGAUGCAAAAUGACAUCAAAUUACCUCCAGAAAAGAGAAGAAACUAUAAGCAUGCUGUUGAUGGACUAAUACGUGUGUACAGGGAAGAAGGAGUCAGAAAACUAUUUGCUGGUUGUACCAUGGCGACAUCUAGAGCAGUAUUUAUGACGAUAGGUCAAUUAUCAUUUUAUGAUCAAAUUAAAACACUGUUAUUGUUAACUCCUUACUUCUCUGACAAUUCGUUGACCCAUUUCUUGUCUAGCCUUAGCGCGGGCGCUAUCGCUACGACUUUAACGCAACCCCUCGACGUUUUGAAAACAAGAUCCAUGAACGCCAAGCCUGGAGAAUUCAAAUCUUUGGGUGAAUUAAUACUGUACACUGCCAAACUGGGACCGUCAGGCUUCUUCAAAGGCUAUAUUCCGGCAUUCGUGAGACUAGCACCUCAAACGAUACUGACGUUCAUGUUUUUAGAACAAUUACGUCAAAAUUUCGGGUAUUAUCCGCAAAAAUAAAUCAAUUGAUAAGUAGGUAAAUAUGUCAAGUUAUGGACAUCAUUUCAGAAUUCAAUCAUAACCAGGCAAUACAUCAUACGUUAAAGCGUAUUAUGCGUUGCCCCAACCCUCUUAAUUCAAAAUUAUUUUUGCUGAAUUGAUAGGUAACCCAUCAUACAUAAUAUAGUAUUAUGGGUUGCCUGUAUUUUCAUUGGAUUUAUAAAUAUGCUGUUGAGAUUCACAAUGUCUUUAAUUUGAAAUUUACUUUUCAAAUUAAAAUUCAUAUGAAAUGAUGUCUAAUAUAAUUUGAAGUGAUCGUUACAGUAAUUGACAUAAUUUGAAUGUAACUGAAGAUCAGGUAAAUGCUUUUGAUGGUAUCUUAGUACCUGUUAAAACUUAUAUUCCAGUUAAGUUGCGUGAAUUUGGUGUAAAUUCACAGUUGUUGACAGUAAAACGUAAAACAUUAGGUUUUCAAAUUUUACCAGUGAAUUUCCAAAUAUAUAUCCUAACUUCUGUUCAAAAUUGUAUACCAAAAAUAUUUUUGUAGUUAUUUUGUUUAAAAUCUGUACAAAUCAAUGUAAAUAUGUCUUAAAAUUAUAAUAUACAUAGCUUUUAUGGGGGUUAGGUAGAUAGCAUUUAAAUUCUGUUUUUGUUUAUAGCUUUUAUCUGAAACUGUUCAUUCCAUAGAAGGUAUUAUUUGUGUUGGUUUGGUAUAUUUCAUAUUGACUUGUUAUAUUGGUGGUCUACACUUACUAUAUCUGGUUAAACAAAGGAAUGAGCACCAAAAAUCGUUAGUGAAUAAUCCAGUUCCAAAAUGUAUUUGUUAUGUAUAAAAGUGUGUAAAUGUUAUGUAUCAUCAACAAAGGUUUAUGAUAUUCUAACAAAUCGGAUAUGACCUAAUUAUAUCAGCUCUUGUUAGUAGAGACCUUCAUAAUUCCAUACAGUGUUGUCCAAAGAUAUCAAUAUAUUUAUCGAAGUAAAAUUGAUUGCAAACUAGUUAACGUCAUAUUGAAAAGUUCCUUAAUGAAUGUUAUUUUAACGUAGAGAGUCUGUACUUGAAAAUUAGAUAUUAGAGAAAGUGUAUGUUUUUUAUGUAUUUAAACAAUGCGGAAAUAGCUAAAUUUGGUUUUUGUUCAAAUUUAUGUUAACAUGAACAAAAAUCAAAUUAUGUGCAUUUAUUAUAAAUAAUUAGGUAUAGCUGCAAUAAGUUUCUUUAUCAUUAUAUAUUGCGAAAAUUACCUUUUUCUUUAAAGAACGGCUGAUUUCACUUAUUUUAUAGCCUUACUAUUUUCUAAUUGAUUUUCUUAUAGAUCACAAUGGCUGUGUAUAAAUACAGUAUGUUUACAAGCAGCUAAUCAUAUUGGAGUAAGAACAACUAAGUGAAAGUUUAAAAUUAGCUUCAUCUUUUCUCAUCUAGAACAUUAUUAAUUGCUUGUAACAUGCUUUUAAAACUACGCUGCAUUUAAAACUGAAAUUGUAAAAAUUGUCAUUUCUUGAGGUUAUGAAUGAUUAAAAAGGUUCUUUGGCGCCAAAAAAUGACGUCAUCUCAAUAUUAUAGUCAACACUAAGCUAUAGAUACUUAUUGUUUAACACAUAUUUGUGUAUAAUCGAGUAUAUUUUUAGAAAUAUUUUACCUACGGGUAUAUUUUUUUAGCUGUUUUAUUUAAAAAAGUUUAUUAUUCGUUAUAAAAACCAGUUUUAUAUACAUAAAAUGUCCCAGUCAAAAGUGCCAAACCUAAAACCCCCAAAAAUCCGAACCCCAUAUUUAAAUAAAUGUUGUUAUUGUACUUAUACGCAAAUAAUAUAUAUAGCAAUAUUGUUUUCGUGUUCAAAAUUUAAUGUUUGAAUUUGUUUUUAAAUAUUCCUGGCAAUAUUUUUCUUUAUUAAGUUUGUCCGUUGAGAAUUAUGUAGUUUUUUUUUUAAUUUUUAAAAUGUAUUUUUUAAUAAAAGACUGUAUAAAUGAUUUAUUUAUUAUACUCUGUACCAAAGGUACAUUAAACAAAUAAAAAAACGGUUGUACAAACAGUGCGAAUUGAUUUUUUUUGGACAUAUAAAAGACAAAAACUCUCAAUACCAGUAGUAUAAAAGUUUCACAUUGUUUGGACAAAAUGUUCUGAUAUAUUAGUUGAGGUUGAAAUUAUAUUUUGGCAAUAAAAACAAACAGUU